AGGGCUCACAUAAUACGUGAUCUGCGGCCUUAUGUUUGUACUUAUGAGCAAUGCCUCAACUCUGAGCAGCUGUAUGAUACACGUGAAGACUGGAACCAGCAUGAGAUGUCUACGCACCAAAGAAUAUACCGCUGUUUCGAGCAUGAGGAAGAAACAUUUACCACGUUAGCGGCAUAUGAAGAACAUGUUGAAGAUCAUCACGAACAAAACGCAGUCUCUUCGAAAUUUGCGACGUCAACUAUGCGGGGUGUCCAUCGAAGCUGUCCUGUUUGUUCGAUAGUACUGGGUUCUAUACAAAAACUACAAAGCCAUAUCGCCCUUCAUCUUGAGCGCUUCGCUAUGUUUUCAUUGCCGCGACAUACAGAUAAU